AUGGCUCUCAUCCAGACGAGUCUCAUCUGGGUGGCCUACGCCGUCGCCGUGGGCCUCCUCUUCCUCAUCGCGUCCACCUUCGUCUACGUCUAUCAGAAGCCGCGCGAUCGCGCUGCCGCUGUCACCAUUGUCUGCAUCUUCACUACGCUUGCCCUGCUCGCUACGGUCCUGCUGAUCCCCGUUGACGUCGCUCUCGUCUCGUCCACGUCCCGCUCCAGCCUAGGCCGCAAGAAGGACUGGGCCACACCGGACAAGGUCGACAGCAUUCUCUACACUCUGCGCAUUGUCUACUACUCGCUCUACUCUCUUGACGCUGUUCUCUGCCUACUUGUGAUUCCCUUUACCUACUUCUGGUAUGAGGAAUACGACGAGGAUGCUGCCGAGCACGGAGAGCAGACUGCCGGCCAGCGCAUUGGCGGCGCCAUCAAGUGGACGCUUGGUUUCCUUGUCUUUGUCGUCGCCAUCUUCCUCGUAGGCUUCUUCGUACCCUUUGCAAAGCAGGCCAAGGACGACAAGCGCCUCGAUCUUGACUACUUCAAGCACCUCCUGUCUGAGAACCAUGGCGAGCGCGCUCUAUCCUUUGCCCUCGGCCUACUCAUCACAGUCGGAACCGUACUCUAUGUGCUCUACACAGGCUCCGGUAUGGCGCUACUGCCUGUUGCUAUGAUCAAGUCGGCACCUUCCAUCUCGGCCCCCACCCUUGCCGCGAACACUGCUUCUCAACUAGAGUCCAACCGUGAGCGCCAGAGGCAGCUUGAAGGCCGCAGCCAGGGCCGUGAGGGUGGAUUGGAUAGCAGGGACAGGCGCGAGCUUGAAGCCCUUGUUCGCGAAGAGCGCACUCUGAUCCGCCGCGAACGCCUGGCUGCUGAGUCCAGUGGUGAGGCCCGCCAUUGGAUUGUCAAGGCUUGGAUUAGGACAGAGGCCUUUUUCCGUCCGCUCAAGCUCCUUGGCGGCCUCAUCCUCCUCGUCUUUGCCCUUGUCAUUUUCGCUAGUAUGUUCAUCACUGGCAUUGACAAGGCCAAGAACUCCAUCUGCGGUGCUCACUGCGGAUACAUCCUCGGCCACAUCAACAUCUUCCAGCCUCUCAACUGGAUUCUUGUCAAGUCUUCCAAGGUCUUCCCUAUCGACUAUGUUCUGUUCUUGCUCCUUGUCCUCUUCUUCUUCUCCGCCUCUGUUGUCGGAAUCGCUACGGUCGGCAUCCGCUUCCUCUGGAUCACCAUUUUCAAGAUUCGCAAGGGCCACACUUCACCUCAAGCUCUCCUUAUGGCUACUGUGCUCCUUACGCUCAUUGUUCUCGCCAUCAACUAUUCCGUCGCCAUGGUCGUUGCUCCUCAGUACGCCACCUGGGGCCCACAAACCUACUGCGACAUGAAGACCAACAGCCUUGACGAGCAACCCGACUGCGCCGAGCACAAGGACCUCAUCAAGCCCUGCAGCGAACUUGCUACCAACCCCUCAGCCCAGCAGGUCUGCACCCCCUCUGUCCUUAGCACCUUUAUUAACCGCGUCACGAUCAAUUUCCCCUUCUUCGGUGUCGUUCUCUUUUGGGCUCAAUUCGCCUUCUUGGGCAUCUACCUCAUUGUCUUUGUCACUACGCUGUUCAGGGCACCCACCCUCGACCAGGAGCAAAUUGAUCGCGACCUCGAGGAGGAAGAGGAAGAAGGUCUACUUGCAAGCACCGGCCGCAGGUUCGGUGCUGCAUGGGGUGAUGCUACUGGUCGCGCUAGCAAACCUACGACUGCGUAUGGCGCUACUAGCGCAAGGAAUGCGGAAGAUUAG